AUGUCUGCUUCUAAUUACGGCUCAAUUGACAACGAGCAAUGUCUUCCUGAUUCCUUACAGGAGUCUCCGACUCCUCAGAAAUACCUUUCACGGAAAAAUCCAAAGUAUGACGACUCCAAGAAGAUCCCAAAGGGUUACAACAAUUAUGAAGAGUUCCUGAGCACCCAAAAUUUGCUGGAAUCUGGAGAUGGAAGCAACUUCAACGAUGAGUCGGUUUCUGGAGAUUUAGGUGAGGCCGUUUGCCGUACCAUCUGCGACGAAGCUUCUCAGCUCCCCUCUCCAGUUAUCAGCUUCGUGAACGCUCAUAAAGCCUACUUUUUUGUUGCUACGAUAAUCGUCUUGAUUUUGAUCAGUCUGAUUCUGCUCUAUACCGGAAAUGGCCAAUUUAUUGCCAUUCUCUGGUAUAGAAUCCUGUGUGCAUUAGGGAUGAUCAAGUGUGGCCCAUAG